UAGUCAGACGGCCGUGGUCCUGGGAGGCGACAGCUCGCGUCUGAGCUUCCCCCUGCUCCCUCGCCGCAGCCACCGCCGCGCCCCGGCCUCCCGCCAACCCUCGAUGCAGAGCUGGGCGGCUGCGUGAUGGGGUUGCGGAGCGGCGCCCUGCGGCUCCCGGCGGCCGCUGCUCGCUCUGAGCUGCGUCGGUGCCCGGCCUCCCGCGCCCCUGCGCGCCCUGGCGUCUUCUGACUUCGGCCGGCUCGCCCGUCGGUCCGCAGCGCCGCUGAGGAGCCUUGAACAGAACUUCAAAAGAAGAUUUGAUUUUUAUCUCUGGACUGCAUAUAUAGUAUAAGGCCACCAGAAUGUCGGGAGCCUCAGUGAAGGUAGCUGUUCGAGUGAGGCCCUUCAAUUCUCGAGAGACCAGCAAGGAGUCCAAGUGCAUCAUUCAGAUGCAGGGCAACUCGACCAGUAUUAUUAACCCAAAGAACCCAAAGGAAGCACCAAAGUCCUUCAGCUUCGACUACUCGUACUGGUCUCACACCUCGCCUGAAGAUCCCUGCUUUGCAUCGCAGAAUCGUGUGUACAAUGACAUUGGGAAGGAAAUGCUCUUACAUGCCUUUGAAGGAUAUAAUGUCUGUAUUUUUGCCUAUGGGCAGACUGGUGCUGGGAAAUCCUACACAAUGAUGGGGAAGCAAGAAGAAAGCCAAGCUGGCAUCAUUCCACAGCUGUGCGAAGAGCUCUUUGAGAAGAUCAAUGACAACUGUAACGAAGAAAUGUCUUACUCUGUAGAGGUGAGCUACAUGGAAAUCUACUGUGAGAGAGUACGAGAUUUGCUGAAUCCCAAAAACAAGGGUAAUUUGCGUGUGCGUGAACACCCGCUUCUUGGACCCUAUGUGGAGGAUCUGUCCAAGCUGGCGGUCACUUCUUAUACUGACAUUGCUGACCUCAUGGAUGCUGGGAACAAAGCCAGGACAGUGGCAGCUACCAACAUGAAUGAGACCAGUAGCCGUUCCCAUGCUGUGUUUACCAUUGUGUUCACCCAGAAGAAGCACGAUACCGAGACUAACCUGUCCACUGAGAAGGUCAGUAAAAUCAGCUUGGUGGAUCUAGCAGGAAGCGAACGAGCUGAUUCAACCGGUGCCAAAGGAACUCGAUUAAAGGAAGGUGCAAAUAUUAAUAAGUCUCUUACAACUUUGGGCAAAGUCAUUUCGGCCUUGGCGGAGGUGGAUAACUGCACCAGCAAGAGUAAAAAGAAGAAGAAAACUGAUUUUAUUCCUUACAGGGAUUCUGUUCUUACUUGGCUCCUUAGAGAAAAUCUAGGUGGCAACUCUCGAACUGCAAUGGUUGCUGCUCUGAGUCCAGCAGAUAUCAACUACGAUGAAACUUUGAGCACUCUGAGAUAUGCAGAUCGCGCAAAACAAAUUAAAUGCAAUGCUGUUAUCAAUGAGGACCCUAACGCCAAGCUGGUGCGGGAGUUGAAGGAGGAAGUGACCCGGCUGAAGGAGCUGCUUCGCGCCCAGGGACUGGGGGACAUCAUCGAUAUUGAGCCAUUGAUCGAUGAUUACUCUGGAAGUGGAGGCAAAUAUCUGAAAGAUUUUCAGAACAAUAAGCAUAGGUACUUGCUAGCCUCUGAGAAUCAACGCCCUGGCAAUUUUUCCACAGCAUCCAUGGGGUCCCUUACUUCAUCUCCAUCUUCAUGCUCACUUAGUAGUCAGGUGGGCUUAACAUCUGUGACCAGUAUUCAAGAGCGGAUCAUGUCCACACCUGGAGGGGAGGAAGCCAUUGAACGUCUAAAGGAAUCAGAGAAGAUAAUUGCUGAGUUAAAUGAAACCUGGGAAGAGAAACUUCGUAAGACAGAGGCCAUCAGAAUGGAAAGAGAAGCCUUGUUGGCUGAGAUGGGAGUUGCCAUACGGGAAGAUGGAGGAACACUUGGCGUUUUCUCACCUAAAAAGACACCUCAUCUUGUUAACCUCAAUGAAGACCCACUAAUGUCGGAGUGUCUGCUUUAUUAUAUCAAAGAUGGGAUUACAAGGGUUGGCCAAGCCGAUGCUGAGCGGCGCCAGGACAUAGUGCUGAGUGGGGCCCACAUUAAAGAAGAGCAUUGUAUCUUUCGGAGUGAGAGGAACAACACUGGUGAAGUUAUCGUGACCUUAGAGCCCUGUGAGCGUUCUGAAACAUAUGUGAAUGGCAAGAGAGUGGCCCAGCCUGUGCAGCUGCGCUCAGGGAACCGUAUCAUCAUGGGUAAAAACCACGUUUUUCGUUUCAACCACCCUGAACAAGCACGGGCUGAGCGGGAGAAGACUCCCUCUGCCGAGACCCCCUCUGAGCCUGUGGACUGGACAUUUGCUCAGAGAGAGCUCCUCGAAAAACAAGGGAUCGAUAUGAAACAGGAGAUGGAGAAAAGGCUCCAGGAAAUGGAGAUCCUAUACAAAAAGGAGAAGGAGGAAGCUGAUCUUCUUCUGGAGCAGCAAAGACUGGACUAUGAGAGUAAAUUGCAGGCCUUGCAGAGGCAGGUCGAGACUCGUUCUCUGGCUGCAGAAACAACUGAAGAGGAAGAGGAGGAGGAGGAGGAAGUUCCUUGGACACAGCAUGAGUUUGAGUUGGCCCAGUGGGCCUUCCGGAAAUGGAAGUCUCACCAGUUUACUUCGUUACGGGACUUACUCUGGGGUAAUGCAGUAUACCUGAAGGAAGCCAAUGCCAUCAGCGUGGAACUAAAGAAGAAGGUGCAGUUUCAGUUCGUUCUGCUGACUGACACACUGUAUUCCCCUUUGCCUCCUGAAUUACUUCCCUCGGAGAUGGAAAAAACUCACGAGGACAGGCCUUUCCCUCGAACAGUGGUGGCAGUGGAAGUCCAGGACCUGAAGAAUGGAGCAACACAUUAUUGGUCUUUGGAUAAACUCAAACAGAGACUGGAUUUAAUGCGAGAGAUGUAUGACAGAGCAGGUGAGAUGGCUUCCAGUGCCCAAGACGAGAGCGAAGCAACCAUGACCGGCAGCGACCCCUUCUACGAUCGGUUCCACUGGUUCAAGCUUGUGGGAAGCUCCCCCAUUUUCCACGGCUGUGUGAAUGAGCGCCUUGCCGACCGCACACCCUCCCCCACUUUUUCCACGGCCGAUUCCGACAUCACUGAACUGGCUGACGAGCAGCAGGAUGACAUGGAGGAUUUUGAUGAUGAGGCAUUCGUGGAUGACACCGGCUCUGACGCAGGGAUGGAAGAGGGAUCAGAUCUCUUCAGUGAUGGGCAUGACCCGUUUUACGACCGAUCCCCUUGGUUCAUUUUAGUAGGAAGGGCAUUUGUGUACUUGAGCAACCUGCUGUACCCGGUGCCCCUGAUUCACAGGGUGGCCAUCGUCAGUGAGAAGGGGGAAGUGCGGGGAUUUCUGCGCGUGGCUGUGCAGGCCAUUGCAGCGGAUGAAGAAGCUCCUGAUUAUGGCUCUGGGAUUCGGCAGUCAGGAACAGCUAAAAUAUCUUUUGAUAACGAGUACUUUAAUCAGAGUGACUUUUCUUCGGUCGCAAUGACUCGUUCUGGCCUGUCUUUGGAGGAGCUGAGGAUUGUGGAAGGGCAGGGUCAGAGUUCUGAUGUCAUCACUCCUGCUGAAGAAGUCAACCGAAUGAAUGACUUGGAUUUGAAGUCAGGCACUUUGCUGGAUGGGAAGAUGGUGAUGGAGGGGUUUUCUGAGGAGAUUGGCAACCACCUGAAGCUGGGCAGUGCCUUCACCUUCCGAGUCACGGUGCUCCAGGCCAGUGGGAUCCUUCCGGAGUAUGCAGACAUCUUCUGUCAGUUCAACUUUUUGCAUCGGCAUGAUGAAGCGUUCUCCACCGAACCCCUCAAAAACAACGGAAGAGGAAGUCCCCUGGGCUUCUAUCACGUACAGAAUAUUGCAGUGGAGGUCACCGAGUCAUUUGUGGACUACAUCAAAACCAAGCCCAUUGUAUUUGAGGUCUUUGGGCACUACCAGCAGCACCCGCUCCAUCUUCAAGGACAAGAUCUUAACAGUCCUCCUCAGCCUUCUCGAAGAUUCUUUCCACCACCCAUGCCACUCUCCAAACCAGUUCCAGCCACCAAGUUAAACACCAUGAACAAGACCAGCCUUGGGCAGAGCAUGAGCAAGUAUGACCUUCUGGCUUGGUUUGAGAUCAGUGAACUGGAGCCUACAGGAGAGUAUAUUCCGGCUGUGGUUGACCAUACAGCAGGCUUACCCUGCCAGGGGACAUUCUUGCUACACCAGGGCAUCCAGCGGCGGAUCACAGUGACCAUGAUCCACGAGAAGGGCAGCGAGCUCCACUGGAAAGACGUCCGUGAGCUGGUGGUGGGUCGGAUUAGGAAUAAACCUGAGGUAGAUGAAGCUGCCGUUGAUGCAAUCCUUUCCCUAAACAUCAUCUCGGCCAAGUCCCUGAAGUCUUCCCACAACUCCAGCAGGACCUUCUACCGUUUUGAGGCUGUAUGGGACAGCUCCCUACAUAACUCCCUCCUUCUGAACCGAGUGACACCUUAUGGAGAAAAGAUCUACAUGACUUUAUCUGCUUAUCUGGAGUUGGAUCAUUGCAUCCAGCCAGCCGUCAUCACCAAGGAUGUGUGCAUGGUCUUCUAUUCCCGAGAUGCCAAGAUCUCACCGCCACGUUCUCUGCGAAGCCUCUUUGGUAGUGGCUAUUCAAAGUCACCAGACUCCAACCGAGUUACUGGAAUUUAUGAACUGAGCCUAUGCAAAAUGGCAGAUACUGGUAGUCCAGGCAUGCAGAGGCGGAGGAGAAAAGUCUUGGACACCUCUGUGGCAUAUGUGCGGGGAGAAGAGAACCUAGCAGGCUGGCGACCUCGUGGAGACAGCCUCAUCCUGGAGCACCAGUGGGAGCUGGAGAAGCUGGAGCUGCUGCACGAGGUGGAGAAAACACGCCACUUCUUGCUGCUUCGGGAUAGACUUGGUGACAGCAUACCCAAGUCUCUGAGUGACUCAUUGUCCCCCAGCCUCAGCAGUGGGACCCUCAGUACCUCCACCAGUAUGUCUUCUCAGAUCUCCACCACCACCUUUGAAAGCGCCAUCACACCUAGUGAGAGCAGUGGCUAUGACUCAGCAGACAUCGAAAGCCUGGUGGACCGAGAGAAAGAGCUGGCUACAAAGUGCCUGCAGCUUCUCACCCACACUUUCAACCGGGAACUCAACCAGGUUCAUGGCAGCAUCAGUGACUGUAAGCUGUCUGACGUCUCUCCAAUUGGACGGGACCCGUCUGUGGCCAGUUUCAGCAGCUCCACCCUCACCCCCUCCUCCACAUGCCCCUCUCUGGCGGACUCAAGGAGCAGCUCAAUGGACCAGAAGACCCCAGAAGCCAACUCUCGUGCCUCUAGUCCCUGCCAAGAAUUUGAACAGUUUCAGAUCGUCCCAACUGUGGAGACGCCCUAUUUGGCCCGAGCGGGAAAAAAUGAAUUUCUCAAUCUUGUUCCAGACAUUGAAGAAGUCAGAGCAGGGUCAGUGGUAUCUAAGAAGGGAUACCUGCACUUCAAGGAGCCUCUUUCCAGCAACUGGGUUAAACAUUUUGUUGUGGUCCGUCGCCCUUAUGUCUUCAUCUAUAACAGUGACAAAGAUCCCGUGGAGCGUGGCAUCAUUAACCUGUCUACAGCACAGGUGGAGUACAGUGAGGACCAGCAGGCCAUGGUGAAGACACCUAAUACCUUUGCUGUAUGCACAAAGCACCGUGGGGUCCUUUUGCAAGCGCUCAAUGACAAAGACAUGAAUGACUGGUUAUAUGCCUUUAACCCACUUCUGGCUGGCACAAUAAGGUCAAAACUCUCUCGCAGAUGCCCAAGCCAGCCAAAAUACUAAGCAGUUCUGCUGAGCCUUGCUCACUUCGACAGAUAAAGAAAGUGUUACCUCUCAUUCUCUUUGUGAUUCUUGACGGUUAUUCUUGUAUGUAACCUGUGGCUUUCCUCCUUUGCCCUUCCAUCCAGCACUUCUCCAGCUCUCCUGCCCCUAUCUCCAUGGUUCUGUACUCUUCUUUUUUCUUGUGCUAAGACCUGUAGCAUGUGGCCUAACAAAAGGGGGAAAACACUACACACACAUACACACUCACACACAAACCCUGAGGGGAUCAAAUCUCCAGAUUAUUUUCCGGUGUACUUCAGCUUCUGUUUGAAUGGCAGAUCCCCUUCAUAGUCACUGUCUGUCUGUUGUCCCUGUGUAACUCUGGUUUUCAGGGUAACUCCUCUCUCCCUCUCUCUCUCUUUUUGUUUAUGAUAAUACUACUUUUUCCUGGGUGGCUUAGAGACUAAGGGAGGAGACAUUUGGCAUGUCAGCCAGUGAGAAAAAAACUUGCUUUUCCCUCCUUCUGUCUCUUUUUUUGGUGACUAAUCCUACAUUUCCAUUCAGGGAAAGCACUGUGGGAAACUCAGAAAUGGGAUUUAUAUUCUCUGUCCAAAUCAGGACUUAAAGCAUGGACUUUUAGAGUGGAAGAGACAGAAGGGUCUUUGUGAUAGGCCUGGAAGAGCGGCUGCUGCUGGCCCUUUAAGGCCAGGCUGUUGCAGUCCAGCGGGCAGUGGGCAGUGGGGGUGAUCUUUAAAGGAAGGCUGUAGUCGCUGGCUCUCAGUGGAGUCCUGCAGUCUUUCUCCUCCUCACUGGGAAGGAGGCUUUUGUCUAGGUUUCCAACUCUGUCCUCAGCAUUCCUGAUGCUGGUGACACUGUUUAAAAUCAUGUGAUGUCAUGCACACGUCUCCCAGCAGGGGGCGUUGGGGAGUGUUUGACGUGUGGGAGAAACUGGAUCAACUUUGCUAUGAGAUUGCUGAGUGCAGCUUAUGAUUGUUGUAGCUCCCUUUGGUCAAAGGACUGCAGCUUCAGCGUAAACUUUGAAAUCGUCUUCUGACUCCAGCCAUUCCCAAUAAUGCUUGUCUCCUUAACGAACAUGGCGAGCUUUGUGUUCUGGAUGCCAGAACUGACCAGUCCCCACCACCAUUCCAAACAAAUCAGAAGACAACACUUAGGGACAAGAAGGAGUGUCCCCAGCUGUCUUGUGGUUUGCAUUGGAUCCUGACCUGUGGGCCCCACCACCACCUCCGCCCCUCCCCUCCAGUGGCCACUGUUCCCCGGUGGUUUGGAAAUGCCCUCUUAGAAAGAAGAGGAACUCCCUGCCACUAGUUCCCGUGGCUUCUAACAAACCAGGUCAGGGUUCAAGAGACCAUCAGAAACUAAUGCUCUUCCUUUACCUGCCAGUGAGUGUUAUGGGACUUAGUAGGGCACAGAAAGCCCUGGCUUGUUUCCUUCAGUUGCUUGGCCAGUGACUGGUCCUGCCAGCCUGUUUCACCAUUGCUCAGGCACCCAGGAAAGCAUCUGCUCACCUCCACUCUGGGAGGGUUCCCCACCUGAGGGUAGUGGUGGAAUGGAUUUCCUUCUGGUCAGGAGCUCACUCAGCACUGCAUAGCAGCCGCUAGGGAGGCUCGUGGCCAUGCAGACCCGCUCCUGACAUCUCAGCGGGGCUUCUCCCUGAAGAGCAAGACUCCCAGCCCCUUACGGUUAUUACCGUUGCCUUGCAAAGGAAAGGAAAAGUGCACCAUGGAAAGAAAGGGCAGAAAUCAGACUGUUUUAUCUGAAAGAAUGAUCAGCAAAUACUCUGGUGGGUUUGUAACCCUUCCUUCCUCUCCUUAAAGCAUAGGUCACUAACUGUAUGUUACUUGUCUUCUAAGCGCAUGUCUGAGGUUUAAUGUAGUCAGAAGCCUGUUGUCUAAUGGACUCAACAUGCCCCUCUGGUGUAUACUCAAAUCCAGCAGGCUCUGUCCGUGCUUGGAGACAGCGUCCUGGACCAGAACUAAAUCUUCCUUCAGGGAAAUGCAAACGAAAGGCCACUUCUAAACUGAGUCACUGACAUUGCUGCUGCUGUGAGGGUGGAUGGGGGGACCCGCGUCUCUGAGAGAGGUGUGCAGCCUGAGGGAGUGGAACUGUACAAUGCGAUGCUUGUGUUCUCUUGAAAUUCAGACAAAACUGGGUGAGAAAGUCUUUGCUUUGCAAAUAUCAAUGUUAGAAUGAGCCAAACGGACCCUUCAUAAAUGCCCAGAUAAGGCGGCCUCAGUGGAAAGCCAGGGAAAGUGAGGUGGAACUUGGGCAGGCAUGUUCUAUCUGCCGCUUUUGGCACCCCUCUUUCUGUAGGGUGCAUGCUCAGAUUGGAAUCUGAGCAGUUUGGGAUUGAGUUCCUUUUCCAGGCACGGUCACCUCUGCUCUAAAAGAGGAAGGGUUUUAUGGCAGGACCUGUUUGUGGCAUUUUUGUGGCCGCCAUAAUAGUAGGAAAGUUAAGACAACUAGUCUUUAAGGAGAUUGCCUUUUAAGGUUUUUUGUUUUUUUUAAUUUUCAAAGCACUCCUUUAAACAAAAAACCUAGAAUGAAAACAUACAAAUUACAGAAAGUGAGUGCUAGUUACCCUCUCUCUUCCUGACUUCUCCCUCCUUCCUUCUCCCGAGCAAAUGCAGCCUCCUAGCUGCCCCUGACCAGUGCUCAGGCCUUGCCUGCUUCUGGGAAACACCCUGGGAGUCAGCCAGCUCUCAGGCCCAGACUGUGCGGGUCCAGGCAGUCCCUGCACAAGGUUAGGCAGAGCAUGGGCCAGGCUGCUUCCAAACUCCAUCCAUCCAUAAAUGAGAGGCCUGAUGCGACAAGUGCUGAAGGCUCAUCAACCCUGACGCCAUUAUUUCCCUUCAGCUGCAUGAAAUCUUUGUAUCUAUUCGUUUUCAAGUUGUUUUUUUUAUCUUGUUUAGAUGAAGGAUGAAGGAUGAUUGUGAGAGGGCUUUGAGGUCUAAAACAGACGGCUUCUGUCAUGUAUUUCAAAGCAUAGACUUUGUUACCCGCUGCUGCUUAUCUAAUUUACAGGGAGAUUUAAUUUUGUAAGGUAUUUGUAUAUUUAUACAGCUGUAAUGACUUGCACACUGGACUGAUGGGAUGAUUCUGCCCUGGUGGUGCCUGGUGGAACUCCGGCACUCCCUCCUGGGUGUCGUGCUCUGGCUCUCCUGAACAGUACCGGGGCUGGGUGUUCGUGGAUCCUUCACUUUUCACUUGGGUUUCUUUUGUAAGUGUAAUCUUUAACUUGCUCUGUGAGAAGGAAAGAAUAGUUCUGUUGCUGCUCUUAGAAGGUCUGCUGAGCGCAUUGAAAUAGAACUCUGGCCCUGUCUGUGCACUGCAGCCAUCCACCAUGACAGUGAGCCACCAAGACUGGGUAAGACCAUCGGCGGGGAGAUUAUUGCUGUUACUGUUCAAAAGGCCAUUUAUGAAGUUGGUAUUGGAGCUCUAUAAAAUCUUAAGAGAGCCCCUUAUGACUUAAAGAAAUUGAGUUGAUACAGAACUGGUGUUAAAAACACCGAGGUUACAGCCAGAGGUCAGGGGCGUAGCUUAGUGAUAGAGCAUUUGGCAGUUCUGUGUGAUGCCUUUGAUUCAGUCCCCCGGUACUGCGAAGAGAGAUAAAAACUUCCCAGUAGAUAGCUGCUCAGACAGAAGGUCCAGGCAGAGGUUAGUCUCAUGCCAAGUCCUGGAUGUUACACGUCAUUUGUCACAUCUUUGUUUUUUUUUUUUUUUUCAUGCUGUGUAUUUUGGCAUCAGUUCUCCCAAGGAAUUCACCAGCCUCCUCAUGGUUACCAUUGUCUUAGACGUUGUGGCUCCAAAGUACUUGUCUGUUGAGAGCCACGUCUCUCAUCACCAUCCCCAUGCUGUGACAGAACCCGUGAAGCAUAAGUGGCCUUUUUGAACCAAGACUUUGCAAACUGAUCUCUCCCCAGUGAAGGAGUUGAGCACAAGCAACAAUGUACAUUAUUAAUUUUGGAUUUCAUUUUCAUGAUUUAUUUUGUAAAUAUCUGAUGUUUGGAGCUUGAGUAUACAAAAUGUAAAUACAGUUCUUGUAUUUGUACUAAUCCUGACUCUUCUGCUGUAUAGCCUUAGAUGUGUAGUGCAGACAUUAUUUAACUGUGUAUGGUAACCUUGCAUCACAGACCUGCUAGUGAACGAGGUAAGAAUAAUAAAGGUACAACCAGUGCAUCAAAUGACUCUUGUGUU